GUUAAAUUCAUUCAUGGCAAUCCAAUGAGAAUGAGAUCCAUCAAACCAAUGACUCUGAUAUCGUCAGCUAUUGCGCAUGCUCCACGCCCACCGGGUGCGGAAAAGUCCGUUGAGAUGUUAACGAGCACGCGUGGAGUGAAUCCUUUGGCAUACUUGACAGUGAGAAAUACAUCACAAAAUAAAGCCACAUCCCCAUGCUCUGAGAUUCUUUUGCACCUCCUCAACAAUACAUGGUCAACAUGAUGGCCCAGCCCAUAAGACUGAGGAUCAUACUUGGAGAAGAUGAUGCCAGGAAACUAAUUUUACCAGCGGGGAUAUCAGACUCCAUUGAGGAAUUGUGCCAGGAAAUAAAGACUAAUUUUGGAGUGGAACAGGAUUUGCCCCUUCAAUAUCAAGAUCCUGAUUUCGGAAAUGAGUUCAUAAACCUGACUUCGAUCUCUGAAAUCAAUGAUAAAGCAACUUUAAAGGUUGUAUACUUAUAUACUCUACAGUUACAAAGUUUUACAGAAGAUGAAGCAGUGACAGGUCAACCUGUUGCAGUCCAGAGUCCAACACAUUCUUUUUCAAGCUUUGCAGCAGACACGGAUAAUACAAAGCCUGCUUCAUCGUCAGGUUCAUCGCCAUCUACAAGACUGUCAGUGUGGCCAAGUGUCUUCACAGUCCCUCGUUUUAGCUAUGAGGCCGAACUGCAACUUGAAAAGGCCAACGCUGAGUUCAGUGCUGGUGGAACUAAUUUGACCCCUUCACCAAAACUGAAAUCCCACCUUUUAGAAAGACUGGCUGAAGAAAUAAUUAAAUUUAAAGUCUAUCCAACUGACAAUGACCUGAAUGAAGUUGCAGAAGCCUUUGUGAAAAAGCAUCCUUGUCUGAGGGAGCAGGGAUCCUUCAAUGGCUGUUAUGGUUGGAAGAUUAGCCUCAAGUAUAAAAUGGCCAAUCUCCGGACCAAACUCAGAGGCCUGGGCUGUGCUGAGGUGAUGGUAAAUUCACUAAAGAACAAGGCCCAAGACAAAAGUCAGGCAGCGUUGAAUGUGAAAAAGCCUAGAAGGGCAGAAGUGAAUUAUUGUCUGCAGUAUCCAAAAGGAGAAACCACUGACAGUCUGGAAAAGGAGAGAAUAGCACUGCUUUCUGAGAUUCAGAAGAGAAACAAUGACCAUAUAGUGACAAUGAAAAUGGAGAAGACUUUCUCAUACAGAAGGCAAGAAGUUAUUCAAGGACAGCCCUUGAUUGCAGACUUCAAAAGCAGAUGGCCAACUCUGUUCACUCAGAAAGAGGUGCAUGUCCUAUAUUGCAAGUCAUAA